AUGACCUGGACUUAUCAACGAUAUACGAACCUUCUACGAGUUUAUGAGGAUUACGAACAGAGACAGCUAUACAACAAUAUGCCUAGGCAACGCGUAAUAUCAUUAUUGUAUACUAUCACCCUUAAGCAACGAAUGCAUAUACAAUAUAUUCAUGUGGCCUGUGGUCAACGAUACCAGAGGAUCAAAGGACGCAAACGGAUCGGGAUUGACAGGCACCUAGCCUCUUGUUUGAAACUCAAGCAACCGACCGGAUAUCCCCGAUACAUUCCUGAGAACGAAAAUACCACUCCAGAGAUCGCCGGCCCUUUCUUGAUCGUGUCCAUGAGCACGCCCGAACAGAUGUCUACUCCGCCUGUCUGGCGGUUCGAACCGUCGCCGGCAUCAGAAGCGAUAUGGGCAAAUGACCUAUUGGUAGAAACCAUUUACCGGCAUGCAUGGGACACCCGGUCUUUGGAUAAAGAGCCUACCAUAAUCAAUGGGAUGUUACUCUGCAAGAGCCGAUUCUGGAUGAUAGCAAAGAUCCGCUUUGAAAAGUGUUGGUAUAAGGAAUUGACGGAUGCACUGCAAGCGGGUUGUAGUCUGGAUCGAUUCAACGGCUAUAGUGGCUGUGUACGAACGCUACUCGUGCGGGAGACUGCGUAUCCGGACGACGAGCCGGAAGAGGCUGUGCCCCCUCGCAUGCAUAGGCAUAAACAAGACCUCGCUUACUUGCGCAAACAUCGAGGUCAAUUGCCUAAUCUCAAAGCGAUCAAGGUGCUUCCUGACCCAGAUUACGAACCUUGCAACGUUCAAAGGCUGGUGGAGUGCGACGGGACCUCGAUUCAUGUCGACUACGCUAUUCAUUCCUAUAUUCCCCGACAUUGGGAAUGUCGUCAUGGCAUUGAAGCAGAACCAGGUUGCUGUGACAAACUCCUUGGAAUCACUAUAGGCGGUUACGAGGAUGAUGUGGAAAGUGAAGAAGCCAUCAUGGAAGAACUGAUGGAAGUCCUCAACACGCAGACAAUGGUCGUUGGAUCAGUAACCUCUACCGUGCACCUCGGACAUCUGCGGGUCCUAUCUUUCUUGCCCUUCGAUCAUCAAGGGGAUGGCAGAAUCCAUCUGGAUAUGAUGAGCAGCAUUUUUGACUCUUGUCCGGAGCUUCAAGUUCUACGUUGUCGCUUGAGGGGAUCCGCAGCGUACAACGCAGACGAGGUAGACCUGGACUGCGUCUUCUCGAAAGGCAAAAUGCUCCACACCAUCCACCUGGAAACUGAAGGCGCUCUAGUCCCUUACCUAUCUGCUUUGAGUCGAUUCAGGGACGUCGAAUUGACUUGUCGCAUUCCGUUACCAUCAGACGAUCUAGCUCGCCUGAACGAUCCUUCUGGCCGCAGGCUGCCUUUCGAAGCCCGGACAGAACGCUUCGAGAUGGGUUUUCACCCCGCAUACUUCUCCGUACAUCCGCGGGCAAAGAUGCUCGAUGUGAUCCAGAUCAUUGAGACGCUUCUUCCGGCGAAUUGCGAAAUCAGCUAUGACAAGCACGAUCUUCGCUCUUUCCCUAUCGACGCCACCGACUUGAUGCGAGCGGGCUGGCGACACUUGGUCGCCGCCUUGUAUCUCCUCCAGGAGGACAGAUCCAAAUCUCGUCCGCUACCCAGGACUUUCGUACCCAUGACACCAGGAGAGCUAGCCAAAGCGCUUCAAUCGAAAGACGAACGAUUGCCGUUGUCUGGUUCGAGCAACGGCAUCUGGGUCGCGGGUCUACCUGGACAGGGAGACCGGACAGACCAGUCGUUUUACGUCGAUAACGAAUCUAAUGAGCGGGUUGAAGGCGAGAGCGAGCGAUCCUGGUUUAGGGAAAGGGGUUUCCUCGUACAGCGAAAGUGUUCUCACGACCGCUCGCGUACAGCCUAUCUCACGCCAGAAGACGCGGAAGAGAUCCGGAUUGGUGUCACCAAUCUUUGCGCCGAUGCGUGCAGCAUUAUCGCCAGCAUGAUCCACCUUGCCGUCCCGAACAACCCAUAG